AUGGCUUCCGUUAAGCGUUUCUCCCCUAUUGCCUACGCAGGCGAUGUCUUGGAGGCCAUCAAGGGCGAUGGAGCUGUUAUCAUCGAAGGCGCAGCCAGCGUCCAGACAGUCGACAAGACCCUGUCCGAACUUGGCACCAUCUCUGACAGCCGGGUCUAUGGUCUCGCCGGCAAGAGUUCAACUUUCACCACCGAGAUGCUGAUGAAUCCUUUGUACAUCGAACUCACCAAACGCCUCCUUACUGAUACCUGUGUCAUCUACUACGAAAAGGAGAGAACGGUCUCCACUGCCGAGCCGCAGGUCUCGAUGACUACAGCUCUGACUGCGCAACCCGGCUUUCCGGGAUGGGGUCUCCGCCGCCAAGAUGAGUGCCACCACACCAAGCAUCCCGCAAAGCGCGAGACGGACUUUGGCAUCGCGUUUGCCGCUACGGAUAUUACGAAGGAAAACGGAGCUAUCAGAGUGGUUUUGGGGUCCAACAGAUGGAACGACAUUCGCGACCCUACGGACGAUGACGAGACGCUCGUAGAGCUUCGCAAGGGUGAUGCUCUUCUCUGCUUGGGGUCCGUUUACUAUGGUGUGGCCUCGAACACUUCCUCAGCCCCGAGUGUUCUUCUUAGCGCCUUCUCCACUCCGGGCUGGUGCCGCCAGGAGGAGAACCAGUACUUAGCCAUUCCACUUGAAGUUCUUGAGACGUUUCCAGAAAGCAUCCAGAGAUUCCUCGGUUGGUACGUCAGCAGGCCCUAUGGAGGAGCGGUUGAGCACAUGGAGCCCUUGGACUUCCUCAAGGCGAAGGGAGACUGGUCGAAACUGACCCAAAGCGCUUUCGUCCUAAUAAGUGGCCGACUUGGGGCCAUUUAUGGCCACCAGAACAUGCUAUUUCUCGGCGGUGGAAUCAUCGUCGUCUUUUCCCUAGGAAACGCCUUUUGCAAGACUUACGAGUCAUUUGUGGCUAUGAGGGCCAUGACCGGAAUCGGCGGUGGUAUCAUCAUGCCGAACGCGGUCGCAGUCCUCACGAUCAUGAUUCCGCCGGGACAGAGCCGAAACGUCACGCUUGCCGCUUUUGCAGCUUCACCACCAUGCGGCGCACUCGUUGGAGCUCUGUUAGCAGGUGUGUUUCUAGAGUACACCGAAUGGAAGUGGUUUUUCAUAGUGAUGAUCACUCUGACAAAGGACAGCGCUAUCUUGGGAACUGUUAUGUUUGGAUCCCUGUUUCUUGUGCUUCCACAUGACGAGCCUGUGGAUGAAGGGGGCAGUAUCGACUAUUUGGGUAUCGUACUCGGUCUUGGUGGCCUGCUGCUGUUCAACUUCGCUUGGAACCAGUCACCAUCCAUUGGAUGGGAUUCUCCGUCCGUCAUCUCCACCCUCAUCGUGUCCCUGCUCCUAUUCACAGCUUUCAUGGUUUGGGAAAGCAAGUUUGCCAAGGAUCCCAUCAUGCCCCUGACAGUCUUCGCCGCCCCAACAUUUACGGCCCUAAUCUUCGUGGCAUUGCUCACAUACAUGUCCGUUGGCAUCAGCCUGUGGUACAUGGUCGCCUGGCAACAACUCCUACGAAACUGGACGGUCCUUCAUGUUGCCAUAGGAUGGAUCCCCUACGCUGUAGGCGCCUCAAUGUCAGUUGGACUGGCGGCGUGGUUGAUCCCCCGCAUCGAAGCGCAGAGUAUCAUGGCAAUCGGAAUCUUGGCUUCCAUCGUGUCAUGCUUGCUGCUGGCAACAAUGCCGGAGCAGCAAAUAUACUGGGCACAGACCUUUCCCUCCAUCUUCAUCGGAUCUCUCUGCCCUGAUUUCGUUUAUGUGGCUGCGCAGAUCAUAGCCAGUAACAGCGUUGGAAAGCGAGAGCAAGGCGUUGCUGGAAGCUUGAUCGGUACGCUAAACCUUUAUGGAAACAGUCUAGGCCUUGGCUUUGCUGGAACCAUUGAGUCGCAACUUAUCAAGAAUGGCGCAAGUCACGUCACGAGCUUUCGCGCCGCCUUGUACUUUGCUAUGGCCCUGUCUGCGGCGGCAUUGUUAUUGGACUUUGGCUUUGUGAGGAUGCCCAAAGAUGAUCGGAAGGGGUGGGAACAGGACAACUCGCGGAGAGACGAAGACUUGCGAGACCCAUGA